AUGUCCGUUUCUUUUGACAAAACAUAUGUUCUCAUUCGAUUUUAGUGAUGUGUCAACAAAUCAACUUUGCCUCUAUCACAGUUAAAUGUAGUUAGUUAAUUAAUGCUGUCCAGAGUCCUUUUUGUUUAAUAAAAACAAAGGAGUUUCAUUCUACAACGUACUCCUCCGGAACCUUCACCCUGAGCUUUGAGUCUGCCAACACCAAAAUGGAUAUAACACACCUAUUUAAGGCCGGUGUAAUGACCGUCAAACUACAACGUAAAGGUGAAUUGGAAGCCCACAAACGAAUCCUACCAAACAAAACCACAACCAAUGCCAAUGGUCAAAGGGAUGAAUUCUCAAAACAGGCCAAGGAUGUGUGCAAUAAAAUCACAACUCUACGCAACGUUCUCAUAGAGAAUCGUUCAGCCUACAUGCGUAUAGGACAGCAUUUAAAGAGUGCCGCUCAGAUGACUGAUGAUCAGAGGGACCUAAUCGACAGGGAAUCGGAGAAAUUUGUAACAUUCUAUACACAGUAUUUGGGACAAAUGCGUAACGAUUGGAAAAAGGCAAAGCGAAAGCCGCAGCAAAAGGAGCACAUGGAGGCUGUGUUGGAUUUGUUGAGCGCCUAUCUCAAGUCGGUGCAACAAAUCUAUUUGGAACAGAAAAAAUAUCGUGUACAACAUGAAUUGGAAACAUAUCGCCUUUUGAAAUUGGCAUCGGAUAAAAAGAAAAUUCCCGUACGACCGGCAGGCGAACACAGAUCUAGGAAAACUUCAACGGUAUCAUCUACGUCGAGCAAGGACUUACAAUGGGAGGGAAGAGCAGAACAAAGUUCGGACAUAGAUGCUGGCGGUGAUGGUUGGGAUCUAGAUGAAGAUGACAUAACAGCACCAAAGCCAACCACAUCUAAUGGCAAUAAAUCACAUGACAAUUCCAAUUUAAGUAAUACCUCAUUUUCUGCUGACACCAAAGCCCAGGUGGCCUUGGACGAGGAUAUACAGAAAUCCCAACAGAAUGUAGAAGAUGCUGCCAAGAAUCUUAGUCCCGAAGAUAUACAAAUGUUUGAGGAGGAAAAUCUGCAAUUGUAUCAUGAACUACAGGGUCUGUCAGAAGAGGUGGAAGCCAUUGAAAAGAAUGUUGUAGAUAUAGCAACCUUACAGGAUAUAUUUACGGAAAAGGUUACCUUACAACAGCACAAUAUAGAACGCAUCAUCAAUGCAGUCAUUGGUAGCACCGAAAACGUCAAGGAUGCCAAUGAACAAAUUAAACAGGCUAUCCAACGAAAUGCCGGUCUACGCGUUUGGUCUUUAUUUUUCCUGUUAGUUAUGUCCUUAUCAUUGCUAUUCCUAGAUUGGUAUUAUGAUUAAUAUCGCGUUGCGUUUAUUUGUGUACCGAUGCCGAGAUGCGUGCACAUGAUGUAUUGAAUAACUCACAACUAGUUCCAUGUUCUUAUUCUUAUUUCUGUUGCAAUAAGUAUAUUUGUUUGUUUCACUGUGUGUUUUUGAUACUGCUUUAGAGCUUAAGAUUAGUUAACAACAAUUCACCAAUUCUUUUUUAUAUAACUAUAUAAUGAUGUAAAACAAGUUGUACAGCAUUAAAUGAAUGUUAUUCUCGAAGACUUUAAUCAAAUAAACGAAUUAUAAACGUAA